GCAGAGAAAAAGGAGAAAGCGGGUGUGGGGUAAGGUAGAUAGUGGAAGAACCGAGGGUACACCUACGAGGAGGGUGUUAGAGGUCGUUUUCCGAUUCCAACAAGGGAGCGGGGAGCGAUGCUAGAUGUGGAAGAUGAUGAAAUCUUUGAAAAGCCGACCCGAGGGCUUGUGGCCGGCCCGAACAUGCGGUAUUUUCGGCGGCGCUAUUUCAAUAUGGCCGAAGUGGCCAGGCAUAACACGGCCGACGAUCUUUGGGUAACCUACCUGGGCUCUGUGUACAACCUCACCUCGCUGGCCAAGGAACACAAAGGGAGCGUAUUGAUGAAACCCAUUCUGGAGGCGGCAGGACAAGACAUCAGCCAUUGGUUUGACCCCAGUACCGGAGAUAUCCGAACGCACAUAGACCCGCUGACCGGCUGCCUGAAGUAUUACACCCCCAGGGGGCGCUUCGUGCACAUCCCUCCGCAGCUGCCCCGUUCCGACUGGGCCAAUGACUUUGGCCAGCCGUGGUGGAAGCAGACCCAGUAUGAGGUGGGACUGCUCUCCUCCAAGACCCGGCUCAUUCGAAUCAUCAACACGCUCACUUCUCAGGAACACAAGCUGGAGGUGGGGGCACUGGAGUCAAUGUGGGAAAUCCUUCACCGAUAUCUCCCUUACAAUGCUCAUGCUGCCAGCUACACUUGGAAAUUUAAUGGUGUCAACCUUGACAUGGACAAGACCCUGGAGCAAAAUGGGAUUGCGGAUGAGGAUCAAGAGUUUGAACGACUUAAUAUGGACCCAGAGAUGUAUACACCUGCCUUGUUACUGUACUUCAAUGAUGACCUCACUGAACUAUAAGGAGAUACACAUAUAAUAUGUAGACUAGAGAGAGAACAGGGUGUAUGGCUCAGUCUCUGUGCCCUGGGGAAAAGGGGGAAGCCUAAAUCUAGUUCUUCAUCCCACUCUUGAACUCAACUCUUAGCCUCUGCUUUCCACCAAGGCCCUAUAUCCCUUGGGAACUCAGGAGUCCUUUUCUUAGCCCCCAUUUUAUAUAGCACACUGAAGAUAUUAGGAUUUUUUUUUGUCAGGACCAGACAAAAUAAGAUUAAUUUCAGCCAAGCAGCUUCAUUAAUAAGGUGAGAAUACAGGAAGAGCUGGGGUCUUCUUUUUUCUUUUCUGUGAAGAGGUACUUCACAAGCAUUAGGGUAAAAGAGUCUUGACUUAAAAUGAAGCAUGGAGGCAGUGAGGAAGACUUAGCAUACAAUAAGAAUUUCAUCAUCUGUGCCCAUUACUGGCCCACCUCUUCUCUAGGAUUAAAGUGGGAAAACAAAUCACCAUGGGAUUGGGGGGAGUACUUGAAGCACUUGAAACUGGGAAAUCAACAAACAUUUCUUAAGCACCUACUUUUUGAAAGUUCCGGUGCUGAACACUGGGUCACAGUGACAAAAAUGAAACAUCGAUUAGCAGCUUAAAUUCUACUGAGUGUAAGAAAAGCCACAUGUCUGACAUUAUCUAGUAAGAAUGGGUGUGUGCUCAGUUCAGCUAAAUGUCAUGCAGAAGCCUUAUUCCAUUCAUUCUACCACUCCAUCAAAUCCUGUGUUCUGUCUCAUACAGUGAAACUGGGCUUUUGAGCAGUCUUGGAUGCAUUCUGGGGCUAGGUCUGGAGUACAGUCAACCACCCCAUCUCACUUGGAGUCACUGUUAGGAAAAAGAUUAGAAAAACUGAUUAGAAGCCAAUAGGAGCUGUAGAAGGGAAAGGUUAAGCAGUGGAUAUGGAAAGGAAACAAACCCAGCAAUCACUGGAGAAACCAGCGUGCAACUUUCUACUUCCCUUUUCAUGGAGGUUUUCCUCCAAGGACAUGGUGAAGUAGGUAUUGUUCUUACUUUGGAGAAGGGGUGAACGAAUAUUGGAGAUUUCAUCAUUAGUGGAGAAAUAUGAAAGAGGGGCCUAGAGACUAGGGAACAUGCUACUGGGAGAGAAAAGUACUGAAGAAUGUGUUUAAGAAUGGGAAUGGGGGCAGCUAGGUGGCUCAGAGCACCGGCCCUGGAGUCAGGAGUACCUGAGUUCAAAUCUGGCCUCAGACACUUGACACCUACUAGCUGUGUGACCCUGGACAAGUCACUUAACUCCAAUUACCUCACUAAAACAAAAAAAGGAAUGUGCUAAUGGUUAGAGUAAACGAGAAGGAAGAUUUGAUUUAGAAGGAUGUGGGAAAGGUAAUAAGAGAACCAAGCUCACUACAUGCUGUCUUUCCCAUGGGAAACUUUACAGGGUAGUUCUAACAUGUACAGAAAAAUCCUCCCAAAGAGGACUCAUCCCAUGUGGAAUUAUCCCCUAAAAACCAAGAGUGGAGGGUAUCUAGUUGACCCCAAGGAGCUUCAGAGUAAAGUGAAAUAGAGUGGACUCCUCCCAGAGUCAGAUGUUAGUAUCUUCUCUCCAUAUGCAUGAUACAGGCAGGAGUUGGUUGCUGCAGAAGCAUGAAGAGAGCCAGACAGGAAUUUUAAACAUUUUUUUCAGGGGGAGGGCAGAGUAAAAGAUGUCUAUCAUCCUCAGCAAUCUUUCUGAUACUCAACUAUAUUAUAGAAUCUAUUCUCAGCUUAGCAUAUAUACUAUGCAUUCCAUCACUUCAUUGAAUACUAUAGUCCUUACAUGUUUAUAUAUAUAUAUAUAUAUAUAUAUAUAUAUAUAUAUAUAUAUAAUGCACUUAAAUAAACUUGUAGGAUCCUCAAGGAUACAGACUAGAUUGGACUAGAUUGUUUAUCGUUUUGUAUCCCACCUACCCCCAUACCACCUAACAGUUCUGAACACACAAUAAGUACUGUGGCCUAAGCAGGUGCUCCCCUUAUAGUUUAGGUCCAAAAUUUGUACAAAUGAAACACUCAUGAAAUCCAUUUAAAAGUUAACAAAAGGGAGGGGCAGCUAGAUGGCACAGUGGAUAGAGCACUGGCCCUGGAUUCAGGAGGACCUGAGUUCAAAUCCAGCCUCAGACACUUAACACUUACUAGCUGUGUGACCCUGGGCAAGUCACUUAACCCCAAUUCAAUUGCCUCACUAAAAAAAAAAAAUACAAAAGGGGAUUUGUUUAGCCAUCGUAGGAAAAUGACUAAAGCAGUGAAGGGAUGAUCAGGCUAUAGCAUUAAUUCAGCUGAGCAUAGCCUUUCUGUAUCUGUUUAUCCUGCUAGCCUUUGGUCAGACAACUGAGGGGGGAGCUCCAACCUCUUAAGAGUCCUAGCUAUUUUGUACCCAACUCACCAGGAAUAGUUCUUGUUGUUCAGUAGUUGCUAACUCUUUGUGAGCCCAUUGGGGGUUUUCUUGGCAAAGAUACUGGUAUGGUUUGCCAUUUCCUUCUCAUUUCCAUUUCCAGCUCAUUUUACAGAUAAGGAAACU